GUUUACCUUUACUUGUGCAAAGAACAAUUGCAAGAACUAUAGUACUUCAAGAAAGUAUUGGUAAGGGUCGCUUUGGAGAAGUCUGGCGAGGGAAGUGGAGAGGAGAAGAAGUUGCUGUGAAGAUCUUCUCUUCAAGAGAGGAGCGCUCAUGGUUUCGCGAAGCAGAAAUUUAUCAAACAGUUAUGCUACGGCAUGAAAACAUUCUUGGAUUUAUAGCUGCAGACAACAAAGACAAUGGUACGUGGACUCAGCUGUGGUUGGUGUCAGACUAUCAUGAGCAUGGAUCACUCUUUGAUUACCUGAACAGGUAUACAGUAACAGUGGAAGGAAUGAUAAAAUUAGCUUUGUCCACUGCCAGUGGUCUUGCUCAUCUUCACAUGGAAAUUGUUGGCACACAAGGCAAACCAGCGAUCGCCCAUAGAGAUUUGAAAUCAAAAAAUAUAUUGGUAAAAAAGAAUGGAACGUGCUGCAUUGCAGACCUAGGAUUGGCAGUUAGGCAUGAUUCAGCUACAGACACAAUUGAUAUUGCCCCAAACCACAGAGUGGGAACAAAAAGGUACAUGGCACCUGAAGUUCUAGAUGAUUCCAUAAAUAUGAAACAUUUUGAAUCAUUCAAACGAGCAGACAUCUAUGCAAUGGGAUUAGUGUUUUGGGAAAUAGCUCGGCGAUGUUCAAUUGGUGGAAUCCACGAAGAUUACCAGUUGCCAUACUAUGACCUCGUUCCUUCAGAUCCUUCUGUUGAAGAAAUGAGGAAAGUUGUGUGUGAGCAGAAGUUAAGGCCCAAUAUUCCAAACAGAUGGCAGAGCUGUGAGGCAUUACGAGUAAUGGCAAAAAUUAUGCGGGAAUGCUGGUAUGCCAACGGAGCUGCUAGGCUAACAGCUUUGCGCAUUAAGAAAACGUUAUCGCAACUUAGUCAACAGGAGGGGAUAAAGAUGUAAUCCCAGAUUUGCUACCGAAGAAUACUGUAAAAAUCCAUAUCUGCACCAGAGUGGCGUGUUAAGAAGGUUAAUUGUUCUACCUCAUUGGGGGAACAGAAGGAUAUUGCUGCCUUUUAGUACUUCAUAGGAAUGUCACUUACUAGGAUUUUUGUGGACAUGCUAAACAGUUGUGUUGGGUCCUUUCUGUGCACUAUGAACCUCUUUCCCAGGUUACUUACAAAACAUUGGUGUAGUCUAGUUUUAUUUUUAUUAACCUAUAAUUUUUUAUUUGGAAAGUUGAUAGCUGGUCUUAAUUUCUAGUUAACUGUGCUAAAAAAAGGAGGUCACAUUUUAAAUGGAACUGGUUUGCUAUAUUGUUCUAGAGUGCAUUGAUGGCUCUUUAAGAAACUUUAUUCCUGGCUGGUACAUUGACUAUUCUGAACCACUGUCACUUCUUUGAUUCAGAUUGUGAAUGUACUGUUGGAGUAUACUUUGCUAGCUAUUAAGGUAGUAUAUCUUUUGGACUCUUACCUUGAUUUACAAAUUGACCUCUUUCAGUUGUGGGAACAUAAUUUAUGCAACUAUA